AUGCUGAAGAUUAGUUGUAUAUCGUUGGUGACCAACGAUGAAGUGAAAUUCGAAGAAACUGCGAAAUUCUAUAAUUCAAUUGGUUUUAGAAGUGUUAGAUACUAUAAUAAGAAUAAUCAUCAAGUCCAAUUCGAAACCUUAGGUAUCAGUAAUGAUUCCGUUCAAGAGGUUUGGUUGGAAAGUUUCCCUUUACAAGAUUUGGAUUCCACCGGAGAUUUAGUUCCGUUACAAGAAUUAGACAUUUAUAAAGGUGAUAAUUGUGAACAUUAUAAUGAUGCUAUAUUAAUCAAGUUAAGAUUAGUUACAGUUGAAGUUAUUGAUAAUGCCAAAGAUUUGGAAUUCUUCACAUGUGACUUGAAUAAUUGUGAAAAGUUAUUCAAAACUUUCGAAGAUCCAUUAGGAAACAGAGUUACUUUGACUGAUAAGUAUCAUGGGAAACAAUUCAAAUCCAUUGAAGAGUUCAUCAGUUACAAAAAGAGUAUUUUAGCACCUCCCAAGGAUGAAAAACCAACAUUACAUUCCAAAAAGAAGAAGAUCGCUGUUAUGACAUCAGGAGGGGAUUCUCCAGGGAUGAAUCCUGCAGUUAGAGCAGUAGUUAGAGCAAGUAUUUAUUAUGGAUGUGAUGCAUUCGCUAUUUAUGAAGGUUAUGAAGGUUUGGUUAAUGAUUAUAUUAAGAAGAUGGAAUGGGAAGAUGUUAGAUCAUUUUUAAGUUAUGGUGGUACUAAUAUUGGUACUGCUAGAUCUAAGAAAUUCAGAACUCCUGAAGGAAGAUUAAUUGCUGCUAAGAAUAUGGUUAAAAAUGGUAUUGAUGCAUUAAUUGUUUGUGGAGGUGAUGGUUCAUUAACCGGAGCUGAUUUAUUUAGAGCUGAAUGGCCAAGUUUGGUUGAAAGAUUGGUUUCAAAUGGUGAUUUUACUGAAAAGGAAAUUGAACCUUAUAAACAUUUAACCAUCGUAGGAUUAGUUGGAUCUAUCGAUAAUGAUAUGUCAUCAACUGAUGCUACUAUUGGAGCAUAUAGUGCAUUAGAAAGAAUCACCGAAAUGGUUGAUUAUAUUGAUGCUACAGCCACUUCACAUUCUCGUGCUUUCGUUGUUGAAGUUAUGGGUAGACAUUGUGGUUGGUUAGGACUUAUGAGUGGAAUGAGUACUGGAGCAGACUUCAUUUUCAUCCCUGAAAGACCUCCAAAAGCUGGUAAAUGGCAAGAAGAAUUGAAAACCGUGGUUAAAAGACAUAGAAGUUAUGGUAAGAGAAAUUCCACUGUUAUUGUAGCUGAAGGUGCCAUUGAUGAUGAAUUAAAUCCAAUUACUUCUGAAGAUGUUCGUUCAGUUUUAGUUGAAUUGGGUUUGGAUACCAGAAUUACUACUUUAGGACAUGUCCAAAGAGGUGGUACUGCAGUAGCUUAUGAUAGAAUGUUGGGUACCAUGCAAGGGGUGGAAGCCGUUAAAGCAGUUUUGGAAAGCACUAAAGACACCGAGUCUCCAAUGAUUGGUAUUGUUGGGAAUAAAAUCGUUAGACAACCUUUGAUGAAAGCUGUUGAAUUGACCAAACAAGUUGCCACAUCCAUUGAAGCUAAAGAUUUCGAUGGUGCUAUGAAACUACGUGAUAGUAACUUUGCUGAUGGUUAUAAACAAUAUUUACAUACAUCGAAUUAUGAUGAUGGAUCUAUGGUUUUACCUGCUGAAAAACAAUUAAAUAUCGGUAUUAUUCAUAUUGGUGCCUCAUCAUCUGGUCUUAAUGCCAGUACCAGAGCCAUUACUUUAUAUUGUUUAUCCAAAGGACAUAAAGUGUUCGGGAUUCAAAAUGGGUUCCAUGGUUUGAUCAAAAAUGGUAGUGAUAGUAUUAAGGAAUUACAUUGGAUUGAUGUGGCCAAUUGGUAUAACAAAGGGGGUAGUGAAAUUGGUACUAACAGAUCCUUACCAUCAGAAAACUUUGGUAAAGUAGCGUUUUACUUACAACAACAAAAGUUGGAUGGUUUGAUUAUAAUUGGAGGAUUUGAAAGUUUCACUGCUGUACACCAAUUAGAUAGUGAAAAGAACAAUUAUCCGAUUUUCAACAUCCCAAUGAUUGUUAUCCCCGCCACAGUGUCCAACAAUGUACCAGGAAGUGAAUAUUCUUUGGGUUGUGAUACUUGUUUGAAUCAAUUGGUUAAUUAUUGUGAUGCUGUCAAACAAAGUGCAUCAUCAACCAGAAGAAGAGUGUUCAUUGUUGAGGUUCAAGGAGGUCAUAGUGGAUUUGUAGCAAGUUUUACCGGUUUAGUCACGGGAUCGAUUGCUACUUAUACACCAGAAAAAACCAUCAACUUAAAAACCAUUCAAGAGGAUUUGAGUUUGAUUUUUGAAAUCUUUGCUAAUGAUCGUGGUGAAGAUAAAAAUGGUAAAAUUAUCAUCAGAAAUGAAUUAAGUAGUAAAAUCUAUGAUACUGAAUUGAUUAGUGAUAUUUUGAAAGAAAACGGUAAGAAGAGAUUUGAAACCAGAACAGCUAUUCCUGGUCAUGUUCAACAAGGGUUUACUCCUUCAUCCAUGGAUAGAAUGCAUGCCAUCAACUUUGGUAUAAAGUCAAUGGAGUUCAUUGAAGACAUUUAUGGUGUUAAUGGACCAAAGGCUGAAAACGUCGAUAACCAUGUAGUUAUCGGGUUAAUCGGAUCUAAGAUUGAAUAUAAUAGUAUUUCUGAAUUGUAUAAGGAUGCUAAUAUCGAGUUGAGGAAAAGUAAUACCAUUCAUUGGGAGAAGAUGAAUAAGGUGGGUGAUAUUUUAAGUGGAAGAUUAAGAAUCAGGGAGUCAAAGCAAAUGUAG